AUCAUUUAUAUCAGUUCAGCAGUUCUUGCCGCUAGAAGUCCUUUCUUCCUCAAGCUUUUCUCAAAUGGCAUGAAAGAAUCUGAUCAAACACAUACAACACUUCGAAUUGCUGAUUCAGAGGAAAAUGCAGUUAUGGAGCUUUUAAGCUUUAUGUACAGUGGAAAGUUGACAACGACUGAGCCUGCUCACCUGCUUGACAUCUUGAUGGCUGCCGAUAAAUUUGAGGUUGUUUCUUGCACGAGACUCUGCAGUCAGUUGCUCACAAGCUUGCCUAUGACCACAGAAUCUGCACUGCUCUACCUAGACUACCCAUGCUCCAUUUCAGUGGCUGCUGAAGUUCAAGCUUUGACAGAUGCGGCCAAGGAAUUCCUUGUCAACAAAUACAAGGAUUUGGAUAAGUUCCAAGAUGAGAUGAUGAGCAUCCCUCUUGUUGGUAUCGAGGCCAUCCUCACCAGUAGCGACCUACAGGUGAAAGAUGAAAGUUUCAUAUUUGACUUCUUGCUCGAGUGGGUUUGCUCGCAAUACCCAAAAUUGGAGGAUAGAUCUGAGAUAUUUUGUUCUCGUUUACUCCCUUUGGUGCGCUUCGAACAUAUGAGCUGGAUUGAACUGGGGAAGGUCCUUACGUUCAUCUACAAUAUUAUGGACCAUGAGCAAGCAGUAACCAAGCGUAUCAUCGAGGUACUUGCAUACAAACUUGACCCAUCAUGGCAACAAACCAGUCAUGCAGCUGAUUCAACAACUUGUUGGCAAUUGCCAGAGCGAGCUUACACGUACAACCCUGUGGAAGUGGUUUCGUUUGAUCGACCUCGCCCACAGGUUAUAGUUUACAUGGAUCUAAAGCGUGAUGAGUGCUCUCGACUCUUCCCAGCAGGAGAUAAAUACUCGGUCCCGUUCCAUCUUGUAGGGCUGCAGUUCUUUCUCACGGCAUGCUGUGAGCUGGACCAGCAGAGUAACUACAACAGCUUUGGUCUAUGGUUCGGGAUUGACGAAGUGCCAGACAAGCCCAUAUCUUUAACAAUAGAUCUUGAGUUUGCUGCUAGGGUAAAAUCGUCAGGACAAUUCGUGAGCAAGUUCGAAGGAAGUUAUGAUGUUACUGAUGAUUCUAUGCGUGGAUGCUACGAUCUUUUUGAUGUUCCAUGGUCGUCGUUCAUUGCUGAUGACAGCUUCUUCAUCGAUGGCGUGUUGCAUCUUAGAGCUGAUUUGACGGUUGUCAAGCAGCCUGCGGACUUGCAGACUUGAUGGUAUCUCACUCAGAGGACAUAAAGAUUUGACAUCUCACACAGCUGAGUUGCCGUCGACAGUGCUGCGUGAGUCGAUUCAGUGGGACCAUGUUGGUUGCCUGGGAAUGUUGUAGUUCUUUCUUGUAACUGUGGUCCCAUUUCAUUAUUCUUGUGUCUUCUGUAAAUUGUUUGGCGCCUGACCAGUGCAAAGAGUUGAUGUAGGAUUUUAGCCUGGAAGUUGAAAACCAGGGGCCGACACUCUUUGUCUCGAUAGACUGAGAUUUAUUAUCCAUUUA